AAAUUCACGCUAGUGCCGACUUUCCGCUGGUUUCUUUCUGGAGCCAAAGUCCGCUGGUUUCUGAAGCCAAACUCAAUUCCAAUUUGAAUUUCGAGCCCCUGCAGCAGUCUUCCGCGUUCAAUUUAUUAUUCGCAGGCGUCUGCCCCCCUUUCUUCCCCAUUGCCUGCCGAAAACAAGAUAGCGAGAGAGAGAGAGAGAGAGAGAGAGAGGGGAGGAGCAGACAGCCGGCCAGUUUGUUUGGAGAAAUGGUGGUGACGUUGGUGGUGGCGACGACUGCCGACCCGGCGUCCGUCGGCCCCGCCUCCGCCCUCCUCGCCAUGCCCGCCUGGUCCCCCGGCCCCUCCCUCGCCGAGGGGAUGGAGAGCUUCUCCAACGGCGAGGUGCGGCUGCUGAAGCACGAGAGCAGCAUCGUCGCGGAGGACGAUCUCGACUCCCGGUGGGAGGCCGCCACGGGCGAGGAAGUCGCCGAGGUCAUCUUCCUCAGCCGCCACACCGCCGUUUCCUCGCGCCCCGCCCUCACCGUCCACCCUAUCGGUGUGCCGCACUUGAGGGAGGAUGAGACGCCGCCCGCUGGGGGACGGCCGGGGUGGGCAGCACCGCCGAGCCCUCGGAUCGGCCCGUGGCUUCGGCUGCUGAGAAAGAUUGCUGGAGAGCAAGGACUCAUGCCAGAGUUUGAGGUUACUCUGGAGGCAACUCAUCAUGGACCUGUGACUAACACACCAACCAUGUUUGUGGAGAUUGGAAGCACGGAAGAGUACUGGAAGAGACAAGAUGCUGCUCAAGCUAUCGCUCUACUUCUGUGGGAAGGUCUUGGCCUUGGUGGAGGUGGUGGUGUUGGAAAUUGGCAUGGGAACAAUGGUCGAGAUAAAGUUCUUCUUGGAAUUGGUGGGGGUCAUUAUGUACCUCGACACAUGGAUAUUAUACUGAAAGAUGGUGUGUGGGUGGGCCAUCUACUGUCGGGAUAUUCUUUGCCGAUGGAAGAUCCUAACCUAGUAAAUGGAAAACCUACCGAGAAAGAGAUCCGCGGAACAUGGAAGCAAGCAAUCAAAGUUUCGUACGAGGCAACGAAAUCAGCUUUUCCUGGAGGAGAAGUCAUCGCUCAUCUUGAUCACAAGAUUUCUGUGCCCGUCAGCAUGGUCGGGCAUGGUGUGCAUGUGCCGACCAUGCCAACAAGCCCAUGCUGCCUGUGCCGACUGUGCAUGCAAUAUGAAAGAGGAUCUCUGUCGAAGCAUGGUGGCAGGCUGUACUAGGCUGGUGGCACAGUGUCUCGCCCUUUGCCAGUGGCUUCUGGAUUCCUCACCCUGAACAAGCUUGAAAACCUAGGCUCUGGCAUAAUCUGAGCUUGGUAUAUUUGGGCCCCCGUUGGAUUCGCCCUGCUACCCAAAUCUGCGAAUGAAAUGUCAAGGAUGGAUUUUUAAUUUGACUAGAACCCUAGACAUUUUAUUGAUAGUAGGAGUGGCAAUUCUAUUUUGCGUGUCGUAAAUUGGUCGUCUCAAAAUAUGGGUGUAAUGGACAUAGAGGUUUUAACCCAAAUCAGACUCAUUUCAUCAAGGUUCUGAACCAACCCCAUUAAUUAAAUGGUGACCCGACACGACCUGCGUAACCCGUUUAAUUAUUUAAAUUAAUUUUUUUACCAGAGAAAUUUAAAUUAUGUAAGUUUAGAUUAAAAGCUUAAUAACUAUUUUGAAUCU